AUGCCAGCACCAUCAAACACACCUGCGCCGACUACUCAAACAACCCAACCAACCAACGACCAACAACCCACCAGCACACAAGACGACGGUCUAUCCCGACGACCCCGCGACGCGCGCUUGAUCCACCUCAUCCUUUCCGCCCAAGGCGUCCACAGCUACCAAGAACGCGUUCCCCUCCAACUCCUCGACUUCGCCUAUCGCUACACCUCCUCCGUCCUCGCCGACGCAUUCAGACUGUCUUCAGAAGGCUAUGCCUCUGCCCCCGGCGCACCCACAAACUCCAAACGCUCGGAAGCCACCGAUGGUAGUAAUAUCACUGUGAAUGCUCUGAGGCAAGCCAUUGCUUCUCGCCAGGAUUACCAGUUCCAAGGCGCGUUGCCCAAGGAGUUUAUGAUGGAGCAGGCGGUGGAGAGGAAUCGUGUUGCGCUGCCAAAGAUACAGAAGAGUUGGGGUGUGCAGUUGCCGCCGGAGAAGUACUGUCUCACAGGCACGGGCUGGAGCUUGCGGGAUUUGUGGGAGGAGGAUGAAGUCGUGGAGGAGGAAAGCAAAAGAGAGGGCAAUGGCGAUGUGAGGAUGGAGGGUGCGGGUGAUGUCAAGGCCGAUGGUGCAGAGGAAAAGGAUGCGAUGGACAGUUUUGAGGAUGUGUUUGGGGGUGGUGCUCAANNGGGGACGGCGAUGGCGAUCAGGGAGAUGGCUGAGGCUUGA